UACAGGGAAGGAUUGAAAGAAACUGAAUUCCUGGAGAAACAGAAGUAAUCUGGAAGAGAAUGAGUUACGUACUUACGGCGCUGACGAAAAAGCGAGAGGUGGACACAAUCAUCAGAGACACCAUCGACAAGGUCCUCGUCCUCCGCUUCGGCCGCGCUUCCGACGCCGUCUGUCUCCACCUCGACGACGUCCUUUGUAAAUCGGCUCGUGAGGUGUCUAAGUUUGCGACCGUUGCAGUCGUAGACAUCGAUUCGGAGGAGAUUCAAGUUUACGUCAAGUAUUUCGACAUCACUUUCAUACCCUCAACCGUUUUCUUCUUCAAUGCUCAUCACAUGAAGAUGGAUUCAGG